UAUGUAUCAGACAGGAACCCGUCUUCGCGAUAUUAGGUCGAAUUAUCACAGAACCCUUAAGGAAAUGGAAUCUUCAGUUCUAAUGGCUCUUAGAAAUUUUCGAGUUUACCAUAAAUUAUCACCGCCCUAUAGUGUCCUUUUGGAAAAAAAGUCAAAGGAUGGGAAAAGAGAUGAAACUCUCUUAUUUGAAUCCGGUGCUAUAGCUGUUUUAAACGCCGAUGAGACCGAGCAGGUUAUGAAAAACUAUCUAAAAGCUAUGGACGCUUAUGGAUGUCUUGGAGUAUUACCAAUAACAAUAGGCGAUGAAACAUUGCUGUACCUUGUGGUCGUUACUAAUUCGUCUUCAAUCGGGAAAAUUGGAGAUGCUGAGAUAUUUCGUAUAACCAAUACUAAUUUUAUAUCUUUAAGAAACUGCUUGCAAGAAGAUGAUAAGAUAUCAGAGAUUAGAAAGCUAUUAAAUUCCGGAACGUUUUAUUUUUCUUGGUCACCGGCGAGUUCUAUUCAAUUUGAUCUAAGUUUAUGCGCCCAAAAGGCUACUAAAGCUACUGAUACAGACAAUCGAUUUUUUUGGAAUCGAGCUCUUCAUGUUUUACCUAAGAGAUAUGGUGUUGAUGUUGAUAACUGGCUUAUUAAAGUAAUGUGCGGUGGAGUUGAAAUGAGAACUGUGUAUGCUGCGAAUAGGUCGGCAAAAGCUUGCCUUAUUUCAAGAUUAAGUUGUGAAAGAGCUGGCACAAGAUUUAAUGUGAGAGGUGUUAAUGAUGAUGGUCACGUUGCAAACUUUGUCGAAACAGAACAAGUCAUAUAUUUAGAUGACAAAAUUUCUUCUCUAGUUCAAGUCAGAGGUUCAGUUCCAUUGUUCUGGGAACAACCUGGCUUUCAAAUGGGUUCUCAUAAAAUAAGAAUGUCCAGAGGUUACGAGGCUUCCGCCCCUGCUUUUGAUAGACAUCUUAAUCAAUUAAAAGAGUUGUAUGGAAACCAAACUCUAAUCAAUCUUUUAGGUAGUAAGGAAGGAGAGCACAUGUUAAGUCAGCAAUACAUUAAUCACCACAGAGCUUCUCCUCAUCAUGAAGAUAUUCCUAUGGAAUCAUUUGAUUAUCAUAGCGAAUGUCGCGGAGGGAAUCUUAAGAAUUUGGACAAGCUUAAGCGCAGGAUUCUUCCAAGACUAUUGCAAUUUUCCUUUUUCGGCUGCGAUGGUUCAAGAAUUGAUUUAAACCAAAGCGGAACAGGCCGAACAAAUUGCGUUGAUUGCCUUGAUAGGACGAAUUCUGUGCAAUCAAUUAUUGGUCUUGAGCUCGUGGCAAAACAAUUAGAAUACUUGGAUAUUACGUCAAAACAACUCGUUUCCCGAUUUCAAGAAUUAUAUAAGCAAAUGUGGAUUAAUAACGGAGAUCAUAUCAGUAGGAUUUAUGCUGGAACGGGCGCUUUGGGAGGAGGACGAUCAAAAGCCAGCGAUGCUGCUAGAUCGGCUAGUAGAACAGUCCAGAAUAAUUUUCUAGACAGUUCGAAACAGGAAGCUAUUGAUAUUUUAUUAUUGGGGUCAACAUUACGGGGAGAUAUCACGGAUAAAGCGAGGGCUCUCUUAACCCCAACCUCAUUACAUGGUACACAUACUAAAUAA